CUGGCAUUUGUUUCUUUCAUAGUCUGGUGUAACUGAACCCCUUUAGAUACAAAACACAAAUCUACUGUUGAUGGUCAUAACUAAUGAGCCUUGUCUUGAUUGAUUAGCCGAUACUUCCACUUGAUGAUAGACCUGCAGUCACAGCGUGACUGGUGUUAUUUCUUCUGCUUCCGUAAUCAAAGAAAAACUGGAUGUGGAUUUAGAAUGUUCAAUCAAGAAACUCUAAGCAGUUUACAGUAAUGUUUCGAUUAAAUAUAAGGCAAUUCAUAGUUUGUCAUAGUUUGUGUUUGCUCUGGAUGCUAAAUGUGAAAGUCUGUGUAGGUGGGUGUCUUUACAAAAUUAACACAAAUGAGCAAUAAUGUUGGUAUUCACAAUAUGCAAUAGUAGUUUUUGGAAGUGAUCUCAGGAUUUCUCUGCUUUCCAGACAUUCUGCAGCAUUAUCAGUCCAUCCGUUUGAGGCUAUUCAAAGUAAGAAAUUACGUGGUUAUCACUGGCUUACCUGAGGAAGUCUGGGGCUCGGACGAUCAUGUGCUGAAAGUCCUCCAGUGAAAGACGUCCGUCAUUGUCCAGUCCAUGAAAGCCAUGCCUCCCCGCUCUAAGCCGAGCUCCACCGUGGACAAUACAGACAUCCACAAGACCCAAACAUGCCCAGAAACUUCUGAGCCUUCGAGUUUGGAUUCUUCCUCCCGGAAAAAAUGUAAUGUGAAAGGGUUUCUCUGCAGAAAUGCUUUUGUUCUUCUCACUACAGCUGCUAUUGUCAUAGGGCUCUGCCUGGGCUUUGCUCUGCAAUCCACUAACAUGUCAGACAGGGAUAUUAAAUACUUCUCCUUUCCUGGAGAGCUGAUGAUGAGAAUGCUGCAGAUGUUGGUGCUUCCUCUCAUCAUCUUCAGUCUGAUCGCAGGCAUGUCAUCUCUGGACAGGAAGACUUUUGGGAAAAUGGGGCUCCAGGCUCUUUGCUAUUAUACAAUGACCACCGUCUUGGCUGUGCUCAGUGGCGUGCUUGUGGUUGUACUUAUCCGACCGGGGAAAUCAACCAAACAUACCUCAGUGCCCCCUGGUGGUAAAGCGGAGGCUGUGCAGACUGUGGAUGCUUUUCUGGAUCUGAUCAGAAACAUGGUUCCCUCAAAUCUGGUGGAAGCUUGUUUCAGAAAUUAUAAAACAGUUUACUCUAAGAGCCUUGGUGUUGUCAAUCUGACUCAAACAAAUGACACAGUCCCAGUGCCAGGCACCACAGAUGGGGUCAAUAUUUUGGGUAUAUUUGUCUUCUGCAUGACCUUUGGCCUCAUCCUGGGAAGGAUGGAGGACGAGGGGAAACCUUUGAGGGACCUUUUUGACUGCCUUAAUCAAGCCACCAUGCAUCUGAUCAGUGUCGUCAUCUGGUAUUCCCCAGUAGGAACCCUCUUCUUGGUUGGAGGACAGAUUUUGACGAUGAAAGACUCUCGAGUUAUAGGAUACCAGAUUUUCAUGUAUACUUUGACUGUGAUCACUGGCCUGGUAAUCCACAGCUGUUUCACUCUGCCCCUCAUCUAUUUCAUUUUCACACGCAAGAAUCCCUUCAGGGUUAUGGUCGGUCUCCUCCAGGCUCUCACCGCUGCCUUUGGGACUUCAUCCAGUUCUGUGACCCUACCCGUCACCAUCCGCUGUCUGGAGGAGAAUCUCAAAAUGGACAAACGGGUGACACAAUUUAUGGCACCUUUGGGGGCCACCGUGUCGAUGGAUGGUACAGCACUGUAUCAGGCUGUGGCUUCCAUUUUCAUAGCCCAAGUUCAUAAUAUGGAACUUGAUCUGGGUCACAUCAUCAUCAUCAGUAUAACUGCCUCAGUUGCAGCUGUUGGGGCUACAGGUAUCCCACAGGGCAGCAUGGUGUCCAUGGUGACAGUGUUGACAUCAGUUGGACUGCCCCUUGAAGGCAUUUCACUUAUCAUCACAGUUGACUGGAUUUUGGAUCGUUUUAGGACGAUCACGAACGUGCUGAGUGACGGCAUCGGUGUGGGUAUAGUGGAGCAUCUCUCCAGACAUGAGCUGCAGAGCGCUGCAGAAGAAUGUUUGGUAGAAGAAAAGACAGAGAAACCUUCUGACUGAGAGGCAAUACCAAGAUACAACCUCACUUUAUGUUGUUCCUGCAACAAGUCACAUUGUUAUUUAGGAAAAUAUGUUAUAGCACCAAUCAUAUACAGUUUAACUUAAAUGUAAUGUGUAAUAUCGAAGUUCUUCUGACUGUACCCUAAAUGAUUUAGCUGCCUUCCCCAUCAAAGAUGUUGCAGUAAAGGCUAGAAAAUACCUGACUGUAUACCCAGUCGUUUUAAUGAGCAUUUCCAAGAGUAGAUUUUGAUUUUGAGAUUUGUGAUUGAUUUUGUUUGAAAUGGGCUGGCAAUGUCAUGACUUGCCCCUAAGGGGGCUGUUUUCCGAGCCCUUUUGUUAUGUUUUGAACUCUUUUGUGGACUUUUGAACUCUUGUUUAGUUUGUUAAGUAUUGUUUAAGGUUCCUGUUUUAUUUUGAAGUCAUUG